AAAUUCGCAUCCUAGAGCUGGCAAAAGUUUCGAGGGGAGCAUAGAGCAUGAAUCUGUAGUUAUUUAACAUGAAUAAAGUGUCUCCGCGGAAGAUGUUGCCUUCCUGACUGCGCGGACAGGACCCUUCGUUCCACGACAGCAUGCGGUUUCAUGUGACGCCAGAUUCCGAGAGCGACACUGUCACAUACUUCAGCAGCAAACUUCUACAGUGGGGAGAAGCGAGAGUCCUCAUUCACCGCCUAGCCUCUACUAAAGCGCAAGCACCAGAGGCUGUCAUCACCGUUGUUGGACGCGAGGACAAACAGUUUGUGAGAUUCCUGGGGCAUCACCACGAGGUAUCUAAAGUGAAGGAACGUUUGUUUCAUUAGCAGGACGUGCGGAUCGAGUGGAGAGACAUUGUGACGGCAGUAGUGACGCUUCAGUCCAGCAGCUAAUGCAGGUGGAAGAAAACUGGGACUUGGUAACCACUGGCAACGUUACCCAUGCAGACUGAAAGCAAUUCUGAUGAAAACACAGUGAUGGUUGAAAUGUAGAACAUUGGCUAUGCCUCUGAAGUAGACAUCAUUAUAUAAACCCCGAUACUGUGUCAAGUAAUUGUACGAAAAUCAAAAAUGUCCUCAGCAAGUACUGGAUCAGGAGUUGAGGAUGAUGCAGUCACCUUCUAUACACAAGCCUUCACUGACUGGGGAGUUGAAGAGGUAACGUUCACUAAACUAAUGGGUAAAAGGUCUCAGGCAUCUGCAGACGUGAGAAAAGCUGUUGGAAAGUCAGUGAAACAAUUUGUAAGCUUUCUAAUGAGACAUACAGAUUCCUUCGAAAUCAGACGCGAUCACGUUAGAAGGCUGAUCAAAGAAACCUUAACAGUUAGCAUUGAGUGCAUCGACUUCUUCCGGAAAAUGUGUCUGAUGCGCAGCGAGUCGUGCAUAGACCUGCGCCGACUGGCCGGGAGAAGGGCACAAGCUUCGCCGGAGCUGAGAGCCUAUCUUACUGACAUUCCUACCACCUGCCAGUUCAUCAAGAAACAUUCCAAGUUUUUCUCUGUCGAUGAAGAAGACGAAGUGUCUUUAGUGUCUGGGACCAAGGCUGUAGUCGCGAGCGACUUGCGUAUACAAGGCAUCCCGCCAUCGACUGCAGGAGCAGAUGCACCUUCUGUUGUGUGCUUGACUGAGUUGAUCCAGAAGGAAGGUGGAAAAGCCACCCUGCAUAAAUUAGCUCAACUUGUAUGCAAUUCCCAUAGUUCUAUUCAGACAGUCGUCGGUUGUAACGCCCAAUCAGUUCACAGUUUCCUGCUGCGAUACAAUAAAGUCUUCCUCGUAGAUCCAAAAUGGUGGGUUUCUCUGUGCUGCGCCAAUGCUGGGGUGGCAACAGCGAGCCAGUUUACAGGCAAUUCCUCUCGAGAUAUAGUUGGGGCUGCAGGAACCGUAUCAGAGUUGUUACCAACAUGCGGCUUUCUCAGUUACAAAGGUGCCUCUAAGGUAUAUUUUAACACUCAAUCUACUGAUAAAGGAAGCUCCGAGGAUCUUCUUUCCGCAUACAAAAUUGGCGAUAGGUUGUAUUUUGACGCGAUUCCCGGCGGCCCGAAAGCUACGUGUGAGUGGCGGGCGGUCAGAGUGUCGAGAGAGCCAUUGGAGCCCGCAGCGCUGACCGCCAAGUGUGCCAACAACAUAUCAGGGGAUGCCUCCAUCGACGCAAUUCUGUUGUCACUUGUCAGGAAAAGGUUGUACAUGGAUGGCUCCGUGACGCUGUGCAAAUUAGAGGAGCUAGCGAGAAGCGACGCCGUCCGCUGCAGCGGCAUCGCCGGCAAGUUGAUUUCAGUGACGGACUUUGUGAGGUCGCACUCAGAUGAAUUCCUCCUGGAGGACGAUCUAGUGAUGCCUGUUGAGGAACCGCAGCGAUUUAACGUCGUGGUGAAGCCGGCAGCAGCAGAGUCAUCCAAGGUUACAUCAAAGGCGUGGAAGCCAAGAGACGUGACACAACCUAGCUUGACCGCACAGAAGGGGAAGGUAAUUAGGCUCUUUCCACAGCUAGGCUUCGUCUCAUUUAAAAAGGGCACCGCCUUCUUUCACAAAUUCCAGUUUAUUGGAAUGCCGGCGGAUGCCGAUCUCACCAAAGAGCUGAAGAUAGACGAGGUGCUUCACCUCGACUGUACGGAGGGAAAGCCAGGGACCAAAGCCAAGUGGGCGGCCACCAGCAUAUGGCGUCCUGGUAGUCGGGAGCGAGAUGCUCGCUCGGCUGCUGGCAGCGUGUACAGCAGCAGCGACGGCGAUUCCGCGCGGUGCAGAGACAGUGCCGUCACGCUGGUGAAUCACUCCGGCACCGUCACACAGACGAGGACGACGAGCGACUCGACCUUCCUGAGCUGCGACGCGGGGCUCGUGUACGUGCACUUGUCGCUGUUGCCGACACUGGCCGUACGCGUCGGUCAGAAGGUGUGCUUCGACGCGAAACUGGGUAAACCCGGUGUGGCUGCGACGUGGGUCGCGGUGAGGGCCUGGUUACCGGAAGACACAGAGGAACAGGAAGAUAUGGAGGAGCAGGAAGACACGGAGAAGCAGGAGGACGAGGAGUUAACGCAGGAUUGGCUGGACGAGAUCAACAAUGAACUAGAGGUUGACAAUGCCGAUCAGUGUGACGGGGAGGAAGAGGAGGAGGUAGAGGCAGAGGCUGAGGAGGAGGAAGAGGAGGAGGUAGAGGCUGAGGAGGAGGAAGAGGAGGAGGACGAGGAGUUAACGCAGGAUUGGCUGGACGAGAUCAACAAUGAACUAGAAUUUGACAAUGCCGAUCAGUGUGACGGGGAGGAAGAGGAGGAGGUAGAGGAGGGAGAGGCUGAGGAGGAGGAAGAUAAAGAAAAGGAGGAAGAGAAGGAGGAGGCUGAGCCUGGAUUCUCGUCCUGCAUUUACACGGGCACCACGGGUGACGUCCCUGAGUCUUUGAUCAGCGCUGCCUCAGUGUUGAGACAGGUACCGGUGCAAUCGUGCGCCGGCGCAGCGGACGGUGUGUCCGACCAGGACGUGCGUGACAUCAUGGCGGCCCGGCGAGAGCUGGACAGGUGCUUGCGUGUGUUGGACGAUGCCAUGACGACGAUGCAGACGGAGAGCGGAGCGGGUGUUUCUGCAGCCGCAGGCAGCGGCGGUGACUGCGAUGCCGGUGAGGGAGAGCAGGCGCUAAGCAACAACUACUUCAACAAGGAGAGUCUGCAUCCACGAGCGAACUGCGACACGCUGAGGCGCCAUCUCCCCAACAAUGAGAUCCUCUACUUCGAUGCCAAGCUGGCACCACCAGGUAGCGCCACGCGCUGGAUAGCUUCCAGGGUAUGGCGUCAGGAUGACGGCAUCACGCCUGUGGGCGAUGUUUGUGUCGACGAGUUUAAUACUCGCGAACAGGUAGAUUGUAAAGUCGGGGGUCGUCCCAUGAGCGAUGCUGAGCUGUCUGGCAGUAGUGACACAUGCGUGCUACAUCGCUCGUGUGUGUCAGCUAGCGUGAAGCGGAUGGUAAGCACUGCUAGUCAGACUGUGUCUACCGGAGAUAUUCAUUGUUUAAAGGUUUACCUAGAAGAGCACGGCAACGUGUCGUAAUGCUGUGAUUGGUCGCGUCCUUUUGAAGGGGCGGGGUUACACAUGAAGUACAGUAUUAUUCUGUGUGAUUUCUGGAGAAAGUGAUGCAAAUGUAGUUUUUGAAAAGGUGUUUAUUUUGCGUAUGUUUUGUUUUUUUGUUUAUCUGCUGCUGCGACGUGUACUUUGUUCAUCGUGCGCACACUAACAAGCAUCAGGUGUUAAAUCCCUGCACUUGUGUGUGCUCAAACAUUUAUUUUAUUUGGCCGUUUGCAUAUCCCAACUUGGAUAUAUCUUAUAUAAUAAAGUUGUUCAGCCGAA